AUGGAGAAGAACAGUGAUGGGUUUGUGAGGGCAGAUCAGAUUGAUUUGAAGAGUUUAGAUGAGCAACUCGAGAGGCAUCUCAGUAGGGCUUGGACUAUGGAGAAAAACAAGAAAAAUCAAGAAGAUUUGCCCAUCACCGCCGCCGCCACCACUACCGCCACCACAAUCGGCGGCGGUGGCGCCAGUAGGAGGCAGAGACACGAGUGGGAGAUUGACCCGUCUAAGCUGAUCAUCAAGGGCGUCAUUGCACGUGGUACUUUUGGAACUGUACACCGUGGCAUUUAUGAUGGUCAGGAUGUUGCCGUUAAACUGUUGGACUGGGGGGAAGAGGGCCACAGGACAGAUGCUGAGAUUGCAUCAUUAAGGGCAGCUUUUACUCAAGAAGUUGCAGUUUGGCAUAAACUUGAUCAUCCUAAUGUAACUAAGUUUAUUGGGGCAACAAUGGGUUCUUCAGAACUUAAUAUUCAAACAGAAAAUGGUCACAUUGGGAUGCCUAGUAAUAUAUGUUGUGUUGUUGUUGAAUAUCUUCCUGGAGGUGCUUUGAAAUCUUACCUUAUAAAGAACCGGAGAAAGAAGCUUGCAUUCAAAGUAGUUGUACAGAUUGCACUCGAUCUUGCCAGAGGGUUAAGUUACCUUCACUCUCAGAAGAUUGUUCACAGAGACGUUAAAACAGAAAAUAUGCUAUUAGACAAGAACCGCACUGUGAAAAUAGCAGAUUUUGGCGUUGCCCGUGUUGAAGCCUCGAAUCCGAAUGACAUGACGGGAGAAACUGGGACCCUUGGCUACAUGGCUCCCGAGGUUCUCAAUGGCAACCCGUACAAUAGGAAAUGCGACGUAUACAGUUUUGGCAUCUGUUUAUGGGAGACGUAUUGUUGUGACAUGCCAUAUCCCGACCUUAGUUUCUCAGAAGUGACUUCAGCAGUCGUUCGCCAGAACCUAAGGCCCGAGAUACCUAGGUGUUGCCCUAGUUCCCUUGCCAACGUGAUGAAACGAUGCUGGGAUGCCAACCCGGAUCGAAGGCCCGAAAUGGAUGAGGUAGUUUCCAUGUUAGAGGUCAUCGACACGUCGAAGGGUGGAGGAAUGAUCCCUCUUGAUCAACAAGAAGGUUGUUUCUGUUUUAAGAAGCGUCGUGGGCCUUGA